AUGCCGCAUCACACCUCGUCGACCAAGCACACUCCGACGAGCCGACAGCGAAUACCCGAACGGCGCCCAGGGGGCAGGGUCAGGACCAGUGGAUCAGCGAUCCCGCGGGUUCCUUUCCAGCAACAACAGAAUCCUUAUCGCCACCCUCGACAUCGACUUCGACCGCGUACGUGCCUCCGCUCGCAGUCAAGCCCUCCGUCGUCACUAAAAAGUCGUCGUUCGUGGUGCUGCGAGGCGCCAAGGGGGACGCCGCGCUGAGCGAGCGAAGAACCGUCUCCGCCGCCGCCCUGCCGCCAGCGUCCCCGAUCGCCCAGUCGACUCGGCAUAACGUCGCAGCACACACCGAUUCAGGAUCAAGCGAACUAAAGCACCGAAAUUCCCUCAAGGCCUUUCUCGAUGCCGAAGGCACGGGAGGCCAGGAGGACUGGGAGCGGGGCCUCCAGGACGAGAGGGACCGCGAGGAGAGGCAAUUGAGGACCGGCGCAAUGCAGGUGAGCCUUGACUCGGCACGUUUUCUUCUCUGCCUAGGUAGCAACGGUCUGAUGCUAUGAGUUACAAUUUUGUCUGCAGCACGACGCUGCUCCAUCGGCGUCGUUGGCAAAUUUUACCCCCCUCGACUCCGGUGAUUUCAAUCCGCACUCGCGCGCCAACACGUACCAUCAGCCUUCGUCGACCUUUUGGCCCACGUCCGAGACCGACGCCAUCGGUGCGCUCCGACGCCAUCAGAGCCUCAGCAACUUUCAUCGCCAGGCCAGCGAAGCAGAGCUCGGCUCCAGCGCUGCUCCGUCCGAAGAGUGGGCCACAACGCAGCCGCACACCCGGCUCGUUAGUGCAAGCAGCGGGGACGAGACGCUGUACGGAUCCAUCGCACUCGCCUCGGCUGCGCCGAUUACUAGCGGGACCACGCUCGGUCGCUCGCGGUCGAGCACGAGCCCGGCACCGCAUCACCAUUUGCACCACACCUCUUCGCUGCGGUCGCAGGCGGGGGCCAACUCGCCUCGGUCACCGCUCAGCCACUCCAACUCGGUAUCGUCGCACCACUCGCUGCGGCAUUCGAACUCGAUCGGGCGGGAGCGGGGUACGCUGAGCCCCGUUGGAGGGUUUUCGCGGAGCCCAUGGAGCCCCACGGUCGAGGAAACCAAGGCGCUUGGGUCCAUGAGCGGCGUCGUCGGGGCGACGGGGCUGCACCGACGCGGGAGUGGAAGCUCACGAGAGAGUGCCCACGCCGCCGCCCGAGCAGGACGCCUCGACGGCAACGGACCGAGCGGAGCGUUCGUCGAAGAAUUUGCCCAGCUCGAGCUCGCCUCUUCCUCCGCGCCUUACCCCUUGUCCAAGACCCCACCGUCGUACCACGACGACGCCCAUCCUUCGUGGAGCCAUGCGAGCUCGCCUCGAUUACCAGGAGCCACGGCCGUGAACCGCUCUAUGACAGCUCCCCAGGUCGUACCGCGGCGACUACCCCCGCUCUCAACGAACCUCGAGCAGGCUACGCAAGCGCUGCAGCAGUCGGCGGCCGCUCGCCAUGGUCCCGUUUCGGCAGCAGCUUUUGUGCCCCCGAUCGGGCAUUCCCACGGCGGCAGCAGCGGCAUCAAGGCCUCACCUGACGAGUACGGCAGCGGUGGUGCCACCGCGGUACCUGGAGGUGAUGUCGGAUCGUCAUCGUACGAAUGGCAGCGGCAGAAGGAACUGCUGAUGGGCGUCGCGCCACCCGCGAACCCGAACUCGGCUGGGUGGUCGAACGGAGCCGCUGCGGUUCCCCUCCUGGCGGCCGCCAACUACGGCGUCACAAUCGCGAUGCAACAGCAGCAGCAACAGAUUCAAAUCCUGCAGUCACAAAUGCAGCAAGCGACCGAAGCCUUGAACUUGAUGCGACAGCAAAGUCAGGUGCCUCUACAGGGGUCGGUGCCGACGCAGACACUGCCCUUUGCGGCGCCCUACCCAAUGCGUACGCCACCGACUUCCUCUUCGGCUGGUCGGUCACCGUCUUUGCAACACAGCUCGACGCCGGACCCUUCCCACCCCCCGGGCCAGGCCCCGCCUGUCGUCGACAUCGCCGUUUUGGUCGCCAAAAAGGGAUACAACCCCGUCGACUUUGACCUCCGGCCCACAGCUGCGCGCUUCUUCGUCAUCAAGUCGUACACCGAAGAGGACGUGCACAAGUCGCUCAAGUACGAGAUCUGGGCCUCGACGGACCUCGGAAACAAGCGCCUUGACCGGGCGUUCCGCGAGUCGCACGAGCGCGGUCCCAUCUACCUCUUCUUCAGCGUUAACGCGAGCGGGCAUUUCGCCGGCGUCGCGGAGAUGUUGACCCCUGUCGACUAUUCGACGACGAGCAACGUCUGGGCGUCGGACAAAUGGAAGGGCGUGCUCAAGGUGCGCUGGAUCUACAUCAAGGACGUGCCGCUGAGUGCGCUGCGGCACAUUCGGUUGAGCAACACGAGCGAGAACAAGCCCGUCACCUCGUCCAGGGAUACGCAGGAGGUGCCGUUCGACGCUGGACUCGAAGUUUUGCGUGUCAUCGCUACCUACCCUUCGCGAACAACUCUGUUGCAGGAUUAUGGCUACUACGAAGCGCGCACGGUCGCCGGUCCAGGCGGCCUUGGGGUGUCAGCGCCAUCGUCCUCGGGGGGCGACCCGCAUGUCGGCGGCGACGAUCCCGCAGCUGCCAAGAACCCGCACUACGCACGCAUGGCCGCCCACAACCAACAGCCUGCGGGCAACGGGCAGCACCUGCAGUACCCUCAGAAUCUACCUGCUGGCUCGAGCCCGGGGCCCUACGGCCCGCCGUCCCAACCGCAACCGCAACUGCAGCUACCACCAUUGGGCCACUAUCCGACGACCGGUCCGGGUGCCUCGUUCCACCCCACACCGGGCUUUCACGGACAUCCCUCGGUGCCGCCGCAGUACGGCGGCCACCCUUCGGCAUAUCAGCCUCUCUCUAUGCUGAUGUAUAAUCAAGCUUCAUUACCGGCGCAUCGUCACGAACACCCUCAGCUCUCGGAUGAUGGCAGUCGUGGACGACGCUCGUCGUUCCAACCCAAUGCUUCGGGACCCGGUGUUCCGCACUAUUGA